UGAGGCUGUAGUAGGACGCACAGAGCCCGAGAGCGUGGACCAGCGGACUCGGAGCUGUCAUCCAAACAGAGCUUCAAACUCUGCUGUUUCUGUGGAUUUUUCUUCUGACAUUUCCCCCCGAGGAGGAAUUAAUCUGCCUCGCGUGUCACCUAAAGGAAACCUGUUUUAGAUCUGAAGGGAGUUUUUUGUCUCACAGCUGACUGGGACAGAGCAUCUCAGCCGAGACCCCGCGGUGCCGAGUACGCAUGGAGGCUGAUCGGUGGAGGCUGUCUGUCUUUCUCUGAGGUCUCAGAUCGUCAUCCCAAACCAGCAUCAUCGCCUGCAGCCCCGAAGGAGUGCCCUGACUUCACAACAGUGCAUAGGCCUUCUGUUCAAGGAGCCUGGAGCUGCAGCAAGCGAGAGCGAGACAAAGAGGGGGAAAGAAAAUAAACACGGGUUGAAAAAAAAAAAAGAGACUCUUCAUGAAUUCCCCAAAAACCUGAAAGGCAAAUACUGCAAAGUUGGCUGGCUGUCCUGAGGAAGAGGCAUGUGGACAAAGAGCAUGGCUUGGCUCUGUCUCCCAGCCUACAUCGUCCUUCUUGUUGGUUGCUUUCACACGGCGGUCACGGAAAAUGAUGUCACCCCACGCCUCACCUUCUCCUACAAUGCGAGGGAGAGGACGACCAGAGGUUUCUCAGUCAGCGGGGUUUUCAACUACACGUCCCUCCUUCUCAGCAGCGAAGACAACAUGCUGUAUGUCGGCGCUCGGGAGGUUCUUUACGCUCUCAACCUCUCUGAUAUCAGCGCAGUCAGGCUGCAAAGAAACCUCACAUGGAAAACUCCAGAGAAGAAGAGAGACGAGUGCAGUUUCAAAGGCAAAGACCUGCAGACGGAUUGCUUCAACUACAUCAAGAUUUUACUACGUAUGAACAGCACUCAUCUGUACGUGUGUGGAACGUACGCCUUCAGCCCCAUCUGCGCUUACAUAAACACCGCAGACUUCUCCCUUGUCAAGAGUGAUACCGGUGAGAUUGUUACAGAGGAUGGACGGAGCCGCUGCCCAUUCAACCCUGAAUACAAGUCCACUGCCAUCAUGGCUGAUGGAGAGCUGUAUGCCGGUACAGUCAGUAAUUUCCAAGGAAAUGAACCCAUCAUUUACAAGAGUCUAAGCCAAGGAACUGCGCUAAAAACAGAAAACUCACUCAACUGGCUCCAAGAUCCAGCCUUUGUUGGCUCUGCCUACAUACAGGAGAGUCUGCCCAAGGGUAACCCAGUGGGCGAUGAUGAUAAGAUUUACUUCUUCUUCAGCGAAGCAGGGAAGGAGUUUGAUUUCUUUGACAACACCAUUGUGUCACGCAUUGCUCGCGUGUGUAAGGGUGACAUCGGAGGUGAGAGGGUGCUGCAGAAGAAAUGGACGACUUUCCUGAAGGCUCAGCUCUUGUGCUCGCUGCCUGACGAUGGCUUCCCUUUCAACAUAAUCCAAGACAUGUUUGUGCUCACGCCCAACCCGGAGGACUGGAAGAACACUGUGUUUUAUGGAGUGUUCACAUCUCAGUGGUACAAGGGAGCAUCGGGAAGCUCUGCAGUGUGCUCCUUCACUAUGGAGCAGGUGGAAAAGGCUUUCAACGGGCGAUAUCGUGAAGUCAACCGAGAGACUCAACAGUGGUACACGUUCAACCAUGCGGUCCCAGAGCCUCGGCCUGGAGCGUGUAUCACCAACGCUGCCAGAGAAGAGGGCAUCUCCUCCUCGCUGCACAUGCCAGACAAGGUCCUGAAUUUUGUCAAAGACCACUUCCUGAUGGACAGCGUAAUCCGCAGCCAGCCUCUUCUCUUGAAACGCAAUGUUCGCUAUACUCAGAUUGCUGUCCAUCGAGUCCAGGCGGCUAAAAAGGCCUAUAAUGUGCUCUUCAUCGGUACAGAUGAUGGGAGACUCCACAAAGCCAUUAAUGUCAACAACAAGAUGCACAUCAUUGAGGAGAUGGUGCUCUUCCGCGACGCCCAACCGGUGCAACACAUUGAACUGGACACUGAAAAGGGUCAGCUUUAUGUUUCCUCUUUCUCUGAACUGGUGGAGGUCCCGGUAGCUAACUGCACUAAUUAUCAGAGCUGCGGGGAGUGCGUCCUCUCCAGGGAUCCUUACUGUGGCUGGAACGGGAGGCAGUGUGUAGAUGUCAGGCGUUCUCCGCCAAGCAAUGCCUGGCAGCAGGAUGUAGAUGAAGCAGACACAUCAGCUAUUUGCAACAAGACUGUGCCAAACCCACGGUUUGCUAAACCUCCACCUACACGAAUGUCGUCGUGCCAGGUGAUCAUUAUCCCAGCCAACACGUUCAAAGUGCUGCCUUGCAAGCUGCGCUCUAAUUUGGCAGAAAGGAGGUGGGAGUUCAGCGAGAGCGCAGGUCACUUCCAUUACCCAAGUCCAGAAGGGGGACUGGUGGUGGUGGCUCAAGCUGACAAGCAGGAAACCUACGAGUGCUGGUCAGUGGAGGAAGGCUUCAGACAGCUGCUGGCUAACUACUGUGUGAGAGGCGAGGCCAAGCAGGAGAGCACCACCCUGACGGGCCGCUCACGCACCCCUAAGAUCCACCAAGAAGACUUUAUCAUCCUGCCAGGAGAGACCCGCUCCCCUCAGAUCAACACCAAGACCUACUGGAACGAGCUGAUCGUGGUGUGCGCCCUCCUGGCCUUUUCUCUCGUGGUCUUCUCCCUGUUUGUGGUGUACAGGAAUCGCGACCACAUGAAGUCCAUGCUCAAGGAGGGAGAGUGCCCAAACAUGCAGCAGAAGAAACCCCGAAUAGUGGGGAAACCAGCUGAGAACUUGCCUCUCAACGGCAACACAGUCACAGCAUCGGUGUCAGAUCAUAAGGGGUACCAGACCCUUAAUGACAACUACAUCUGCAGCACUCCGCCGCACGAGUGCUCGUCGCCCGACAACAGCAAGAGCUUCUCAGAGUCGGAGAAGAGGCCUCUGAACUUGAGAGAGAGCCACGUAGAGAUCUCUCCCACAUGCCCACGGCCACGAGUCAGACUGGGCUCCGAGAUUAAAGACUCGAUAGUGUGAGGCCGGCUUCAUCUUAAAUGGAGUGACUCAAUUUGAAAUCAAAGGAAAGAGUGCACUUGUUGAGAAAGACAAAACAUUAUAAGAGGGAAGAGCAGCACUCUCGCCGACAGACAUUUCAUUACACAGAUUUUGCACUUUGUCUUUUUCCUUCUUUUUUUUUUCUUUUAUUUCGUUCUGCGUCUGUGGUCCAUGUGCAUUUCAUUUUAUUUUCCUCUCACCCUCUUAUUCAAGUGCAUUUGAAGCACACUGAGGAAAAGUUCCAGUUUGCCUUCAGAGACUUUUUUGACGCUUUCACACACAGCUCACGGGAAUGUAACGAGCGUAGAGGUGGCACCGCAACCAUGAUUUAGAGAUGGAAUUUCAGAGCAUUGCUUUCUCAGUCCGUCCAUAAUAUAUAUAUAUAUAUAUAUAUACCGGCGAUGCUCCGAAACGCAGAGUGAACAUAUUGCCAGACACGGCUGACACAGUGUUUGCUGUUUUAUUUUCAUUCUGUCAUCUGGUAAGAGUCUACCCUUCGCUGAGGCUAUGCACUAUGUACUGUACUGUAGCAAGGUAAACACUAACACAAGUCAGUGACGGCCAAGAAACAAAAAAAAAGUCCUGUCGCAGUUUCACACGAGUAUGAUUUCAAAUAUAACACAGCAAGAAAAAAAAUAAGAAGAGAUUGAAAAGCGUGAUCAAGGAGAUUUAUAACGUGGUAGAAAACACAACUAGGAAUCACCUCAGUGUAAAUGGUGCAGAAACUCUUACCACCUCAAUCACUACAUACCAAGGAAAGAAAAAUAUUAUAUAGUCACGGAUGAAGAUACAAAUAUUCUAAGUAUUGCGAUCGUUACUGGGUUAUAAAUAUUUCUCUGAGGAGGAGUUUUCUUUCACCCGACGCGAUAAAGGAGGGAAAAGCUCCAUUCCAGGUAUUAUCAUGCUGUUCUUCAUGAGAUAGGCAGCCUAUGCAAAGCAAAUAAUGUGAAGUGAGGUAAACACCGAGAAAAACCUCACCUUGAGACUGAGUAAGCACAAAGGUGUUGGCGCUGUUAAUUGCUUUAGGAUCUGUGGCACUGCAAACACACACCCACACACACACACACACUCACUCAUUACACUAACUGUAAGUAUGCAAGAGAUUUUUUAGCCAUUUUUACAGGAAGGAUAGAUAAAGAAACUCUGAAAGGCUGGCAUGACGAAAACAGACGAUAAGAGACGAGGUUCCAGCGCGGUGAUGUAAAUCUGUGGCGGUUGAUUUAUUGCAGCGAAAAGGUUAUAAAUAUUUAUUAUGAUUAUGUGGCCAAAUGUUUACUUUGCAGAGAGGCAUUUCUCAUUGUCAUUCUUUAAUGUGUUAAAUAUCUAUCCUCAAAAGGGAAGAAAAAAAUGUAUUAGAAUACUACACCUAUUCAUAAUCCGAUUUAAAUAACACACACCUGUAUAGCCUCACCUUUGAUAUUAAUAUUAACUGAUGAGUGUUAAUGAAUAGAAGAAAAUAGCCUCUGCUUGCUUAAAUGGUUUCAAAGGCAACCAUAGCAGCAAUAACUUUCAUCCAGUAAUAAACAGCUCAUCUCCUUAUGCAGAAAUCUAAACUACACCAAAUUUCUGAGCGAGGUGAUAACUUGAAAGCAUUUUUCAUGUCACACAAUAAUUUUUUUUUUACAUCGUUUGGCUCUAAUAUUGUGACGCGGCCAGUAAAAUUGAGAUUUCACGACGUAAAGGGAAGGCAUACAACUUGACUCCGAAUGCGUGGGAUUUGCACAUGAUGUUAAAAAAGCCUUACUACAUUGCAGGUAAUGGAUUUGAUUACAAAUCUGCCUUGGGGGGGGAGGAGGAAAAUGGAUAAUGCCUUCUGAAAUAAUAAUCAAGAGACGUGCCUCUUGGGAUGAUAAACUAACCAGGUAGUAGUGCUGUAGAGUCAAAUGCUACACUGUAGGUGUGACAGGACUGGCCAUGCUUAGGAACACGUGACAACCAUGAAAACAUGUAAUUUAAUAGUGUCAAUGUUGUACAAUAUGUGCUCAUGAGGUGUUUUUUUUUUUAUUGUAUUUUUUUUGUUAGGGUGGCUUCAACCUCAGUCAGGGACUAAAUUUUAUUCUUCAACUGUAGUACAUAAAUAACCACUGGUUGAUUUAUUUUUUAUUUUUUAUUUUUAAAUAAUGAAUUCUAUAUAUAAGCAUUAGUAUUUAUGUUCCUGUAAAUGGCACUGCAGAAAUGAAAUUCAAAGACUGGUCAGCUAUAAUCACAUCAUGCAGUAUGAAAGACUCAUGCUUUGACUGUUAUUAAACACAUCAACACAAAGUGGCAGCUUUUGGUGAAGCGGCUGUCAUCCGAACAAUAUUUUAAAAAAACCCGCUAAGUGCAGAACAAAUACAAAGUGGCAGUGUUUUAGUCAAAUAUGUGCAGGUACUGAACAAUUUUUUUUUUUUGACCACAAGCCUAAACUAUUAACGCCA